GGCAUUUGGGGAACUUUGUGCUGAGAAGGAACCGGGUAAGCUGGGUUGAGCCAUUCACAAGCUUAGAAUGAAGUUUCUUCUGUUGGUGUUGACCGUGCUGGUCACUGCUUCGGGGACGGUUCCCCUGACCAAGUCUGCAGGCUCUAAAGAAGAUGGUGGGCUGUUGGCUCAAGUCUCCGCUUCCGGAACGGCUCCACAGGCUAACGCUUCCAGUUCUGAAAAUAACGUGACAUAUGCUCAGUGGUACCUGGAAAACUUUUAUGGUCUCGUGAUGGACAGACUUCCAACGACAAAAAUGAAAGUCAGCAGGGACUUCAUGGAGGAUAAAAUUCAGGAAAUGCAACAGUUCUUGGGACUGAAAGUGACUGGGAAACUGGACCCAUCUACCCUAGACAUGAUGCACACGCCCCGAUGCGGGGUGCCCGAUGUCCAUCAUUUCAGGACGAUGCCGGGGAGACCAGUGUGGAGGAAACGUUUAAUUACCUACAGAAUCAAUAAUUACACUCCUGACAUGCGGCCUGCAGAUGUCGACUUUGCCAUCCAGAAGGCUUUUCAAGUGUGGAGUGAUGUGACCCCCCUGAAAUUCAGAAAGAUUAAUUCAGGAGAGGCAGACAUUAUGAUACUUUUUGCAUCCGGAGCUCAUGGAGACUACAGCCCUUUUGAUGGCAGAGGUGGGGUCAUAGCCCAUGCUUUCGGACCUGGACUGGGGAUUGGGGGAGACGCACAUUUUGAUGAGGCUGAAAUCUGGACUAAAAGCUACAAAGGCACAAACUUGUUCCUCGUUGCUGUUCAUGAGCUUGGCCAUUCCUUGGGUCUUAGCCAUUCCAAUGAUCGAAACGCCAUCAUGUUCCCAACUUACAGUUACGUUGACCCCAACACCUUUCGCCUCGCUGCUGACGACAUACGUGGUAUUCAGUAUCUCUAUGGACGUCCAGAAAGGCGCCAACCCUCAUCAGAUCCUGACGGUAGACAAACACCCACCUGCGACCCCAGCUUGAGUUUUGAUGCUGUCACUACAAUGGGAAAUAAAAUCUUUUACUUUAAAGACAGAUUCUUCUGGUGGAGGUACCCUGAGAGUCCAAUGAGCAACGUUAGUUUCAUUUCUUCUCUGUGGCCGACCUUACCAUCUGGCAUUCAAGCUGCUUAUGAAGUUGGACCCAGAAAUCAAGUUUUUCUUUUUAAAGAUGAUAAGUACUGGUUAAUUAGCAAUUUGAGAGCACAGCCGCGCUACCCCAGGAACAUACAUUCUUUGGGCUUUCCUGACUUUGUGAAAAAAAUUGAUGCAGCUGUUUUUAACCCACUUCUGUAUAAGACCUACUUCUUUGUAGGUAACCAAUACUGGAGGUACAAUGAGAGGAGGCGACUCAUGGACCCUGGUUAUCCCAAACUGAUUACCGACUACUUUCUAGGACUUGGACCCACAAUCGAUGCCGUCUACUAUUACAACAGACACUACUAUUUCUUCCAAGGAUCAAACAUAUUUGAAUAUGAUGUCAUAUACCAACGUGUCACCAAAGUGCUGAAACAAAAUAUCAAGUCAGGUUGUUAGGAAUGGUGUAGUUGGUGAUGGUCAGUUCCCUUCAGUCAAAUAAGUAUUUAUUGCAUCUUUGCUAUGUGGCCAGUGUGUGUAAUACCACAGGGACAUGUGUCUUAAGGUAAAGCCUAUAG